UUUCCCGUGUUCUUCUCCUCUCCUCUGUCUCUACCGAAGAAACUUGGAGGAGGCAAGGCAGCGACUGGUGGAGCGGCGGCGGGAUUGGCACCGUCGAUGGACCCGGGGGAAGGCUCCUCCACCGGCGUCCGAAAGGAGAGCGCUACACAGUACAACAUGGACUGGCCAUCGGAUUGCUUCUUCGAAGAGCCAAGGCCGGUUCAUGUAGAUUGGCCAAUGAACAAUCAGUUUGAUCUGAAUAUGAAUUGGCCUAUGGAUAGCCAGGUUGACCUCCACAGGGACUGCAAUUUCGAAGGGUCAGAAAGGCAACCAAUUGAUCUGAAUGAGGACAUGGGAUGUGAUAAAUAUUUCCGUGAUGAUUCAGGUUUUGGAAAUUUCAAUGUUUCUGGCCAUGUUGAACUAGAGCCUGAACCGUUCCCUGCAAGUGAUCAUGGUGAAGAUGAAGUUUCUUGUGAUGGGCAUGAAGUGAGUAAGGCAGCAAUGCGCAGGGCAGCAAGAAGGGCUGAAUCAAAGGCCAACGCAACUAAGGCUCGGGAGUUGAAGAAAAGGAUCGCUGCGGGCACAAAGGAAGAUGCACUUGUGAUUAGUGAUAGCUGCAGUGAUGAAUUGAAAGGUCUCACUGAUUCAAGUGAUGAUGAUGGUGUUGAGUUGCUAUCCAGUAGAUGUGUUUUACAGAAGAAGAGCAAAGCAAAGCCACUCAAGAACUAGGUGUAUUAUGAUGAGAAUAAAAAGGAUGCUCAUGAGCAGCUAGAGUUGGACAUGUGCUUUCUUCAUGUGUGACAAGUUAGGAAGGCAUUGGAAGAGUAUCACAUAGCAUACAGCAGGAACUUCACAUAUUUAAAGAAUAACCAAGAAAGGGUGAUUGCUUGUUGUAGCUCUAAUGGGACAUGUCCUUUCAUGUUGUAUUCAUCUGCUAUAAAAGGAGAAAGCACACAUUGCAUAAGGCAGCUGAAUCUCCCUCACACUUGUAGCACAACUGUUGAAACCUCAAGGAUCAAUAGUUCAUGGAUUGCCAAGAAGUAUGAAGAUCUGAUUAGGAGUGACCCAAGCAUAAAUAUCACGGCUUUACAAGACCAUGUCAUGAGAGAGCAUGGGAUUGAAAUAUCUAAGCACAUGGCUUACAGGGGCAAGAAUAAAGCCCUUGAAGCUCUCCAAGGAGAUGCAGAUCAGCAAUAUGUUCGUAUAGAAGACUACAUGCAGACUGUCAUGGAGAAGAAUGUUGGCUCUAGAUGUAGUGUUUCAACAACCAUUCCAACUGGUGAUCCUCAGCAGAAUCCAAGGUUUCAUGGUCUCUUCUUUGCCUUACAUGCACAGCUUGAAGGGUUCAAGAAUGGAUGCAGGCCUUUUAUUGGUAUUGAUGGAUGUUUUCUGAAGUUGGGUAACGGAGCACAGGUUCUUGGUGCAAUAGCUAGAGAUGGCAAUAACAAUCUUUUUCCCAUAGCAUUUGGGGUUGUUGGAUCAGAAGACACUACAAGCUGGUCAUGAUUUCUAACUCAGUUGAAGUAUGCUCUUGGUGGUACUGCAGGACAGUUUGCCAACUACACCUUCAUGUCAGAUAGGCAAAAGGGCCUUCUAGGUGCAGUUCAUCUGGUAUUCCCUGAAUCUCACCAUAGGUACUGCCUUAGGCACAUAUAUGCUAAUUUCAUGACUGCUGGGUACAAGAGUGGUGAUUUGAAACUACUAAUUGAUCGUGCUGCAUAUGCAUUUGAUAAGUAUGACUAUGAUCGAGCCAUGCUAGAGCUGAAAAGGGCUGAUGAGGGUGCUUGGGAAUGGAUUAGUAAGAUACCCCCUAGGCAUUGGGCUAGACAUGCACUAGAUACACAUUGCAAAACUGACCUUGUUGUUAACAACCUAAGUGAGGUGUUUAACAUCUAAAUAAACAAUGUUAGGGACAAGCCAAUAGUCAUCAUGAUUGAUUCAAUUAGGACCAAACUAAUGGCCAGAUUUGCAGCCAAAAGGGAGGGGAUUGAGAAUGCACAAUGGGAAAUUACUCCUACUUAUGUUGAAAGAUUAGAGUUGGAGAAGAAAAGUGCUAGAUGGUGUAAUGAUGUGUGUGCAAAGAAGGAUUUAUGACAGGUUACUGGGUUUGAUAGGACUUAUGAGGUCAAUUUAGCAACAAAGACAUGUGGUUGCUUCAAAUGGGACCUCACAGGCCUACCAUGUAGACAUGCCGUCUGUGCCAUAUGGAAAUCCAAGCAAUUCCCUAAGGAUUCUGUUAGUGAGUUCUUUAAGAAGCACAUGUACAAGGAGGCAUACAAAAACCUGAUAUAUCCAGUACUAGGACAGCAUGGAUGGACCAAGACAGCUAAACAUGAUGUAGACCCACCACAGUAUGAAACUAAACGUGGAUGAAAAUAGAAAAAGAGGCAUCGAGGUCCAAAUGAACAAUCACAGGAAACUUUUCAGAACAGAAUGACAACCAUUAGGUGCUCCAAUUGCAAGGCACAUGGGCAUAGGUACACAAAUUGUAGGCAACCAUUGAAACCUGACUUGGCAGGAAGAAAGGCAGGGCACAAGGUAACAUUCAUUUGAUCUUUUUUUAUUGUAAUGUGCUCUUUUAUCUUCAUGUGCUCUUUUGUUUGUAGUCUGUGAGAACA